CCCUGCUCCACAUCCGCAGCCCUCUGCGUGGAAAGAAAACGCGCUCCCCACCCGCAGGCUUUUAGAUCCUCUCUCCUUCUUUUAAAUUUGGCCUAAUGACCUCCCUUUCUGCUGUUUUUACAUCAAAUUUAAUUUAUUUAACCCCUUAUUGUAAAAAUGCUUCCCCUUUGCGUUGUUUUAUCGUUCCUCGCUGCGUGGUUUUCCGUGGAGUGUAACCCCAGUCCCGUUUUGGGAGAUGUAGUCGUGGACAGAUAUGGCAUCCCCAAAGAGUGCGCAAGAGAGGCCAAGGAAGGAGAUUAUGUCCGCUACCAUUAUAACGCCACAUUUAUGGACGGAAAGACGCUGGAUUCCAGCUAUGAGAAAGGAGCAGCCAAAGUGGGCCUGAUCGGGGAGGGUCGGCUCAUUGCAGGAGUUGAUAAAGGCCUGCAGGGGAUGUGUGUGAAUGAGCGCAGGAAAAUCACCAUCCCUCCACACCUGGCCUAUGGGAGCGCAGGGGCAGGGGAUGUGAUUCCUCCAGAUUCCACGCUGGUCUUCAACGUCCACCUCUUGGAUCUGUGGAACAAGGAAGACCUGGUCGUCACCAAAACAGUCAGUACUCCCAAGGACUGCAAGCGCUCAGUGAUGCGUACAGACUUUGUGCGUUACCACUUCAACGGCACUCUGCUCGACGGAACCGUCUUUGACUCCAGCUACAACAGGAAGCAGACCCACAACUCCUUGGUAGGCGAAGGCUGGCUGGUCAAAGGCUUGGACGAGGGCCUGUUGGGGAUGUGUGUGGGCGAGAUCAGACACAUCGUUAUUCCACCAUUCAAAGCUUAUGGAGAAAAAGGAUCAGGCACAAUGAUUCCCCCUCAGGCUACGCUGGUCUUUGACGUCCUCUUAGAAGACGUUUAUAACCCAAAUGAUAACAUCACCAUCGACUACCAGGAUGUUCCAGAGUCCUGCACUCGCAAGUCUGUGCCGGGGGACUACAUCCGGUACCAUUAUAAUGGGACCUUCCUGAACGGAGUGACCUUUGACACCAGCUACCAGAGAAACAGCACAUAUAACACCUACAUUGGGAUGGGCUACGUGAUCCCAGGUAUGGACCAGGCCCUACUGGGAGUCUGCAUAGGGGAAAAGAGGAGGGUCAUCAUUCCUCCACACCUUGCUUAUGGAGAACAAGGAGCUGGCGAUGUGAUCCCUCCAUCUGCCGUUCUGGUUUUCGACAUCCACGUCAUCGACUUCCAUAACCCCAGCGACAAGGUGGAGAUUGAGGUAACCUACAAACCGGAGGUGUGCAACGACACCACUGCUGUAAACGACCUGGUGCGCUACAAUUACAACUGCACCCUGAUGGACGGGACUCUACUCUUCUCCUCAGACGACUACGAGAACCAACAGGAAGCUGCUCUGGGACAGGACAAGGUGAUCGAUGGGCUGGAUGAGGGCUUGAGGGGCAUGUGUGUCGGGGAGAAGAGGAGGAUUACAGUGCCGCCUCACCUCGGACACGGAGAGAGGGGAGCUGCUGGCGUACCAAGCAGUGCAGUGCUGGUCUUCAACAUCGAAAUGGUGAGCUUUGAGAAAGGUGUCCCACCUGGUUACCUGUUCGUGUGGCUUGAUGACACUCCUGCAGAUCUUUUUGAAGCCAUGGAUCUGAACAAGAACGGAGAGGUGCCGCUGGAAGAGUUUGGGGAGUUUAUCAAGCUGCAGGUUGCAGAAGGAAAAGGACGGAUAAAGCCAGGAAUGACCAUGGAGGAAAUUGUGGCCGACAUGUUUCAAAACCAGGACCGCAACAAAGAUGGCGUGAUAACAGUCAAUGAGCUCAAACUAAAAGUCGAAGAGGACAAGGAACGGGAGCAAACGAAACACGAAGAGUUGUGAGGAGGGAAAAAAAGGCUUUUAUUUCCUCUCAGGGACAAACGAUAAAAACAAGCUACAGCUCGUACCCAGCGUCACCGUUUAUUUACAGUAUUUGAGAAAAAACUGUGCAAAACAAUCUUUUCUGGAGGAUUUUUUUGUGUUAAAAAUAAAAGAAGCACCUUUUUUUUGUGUCCCUGAA